GCGAGGCGCGCAGCUGCCGCGCCGCAAACUUGGUGGGAGCGAGCGGAGCACGGGCGGCUCGGCGGGGCUGCGGCCAUGGCGGCGUGAGGCGGGGAGCGGGCAUCAGCGCGGCGGCGGAACCCCCGCCCGCCCGCGGCGAGCAGCCCACGACGCCUCCAGGAGCCUGUAAGGUAGACCCAGGACCCUACUUUGGCUCUGCACAAACCCUGAACAGAGGCAGUACAUGAUUACAGAGGGAUGGUGACUAAAAGGGGCUUUUUCCACAUGAGUGCAAGAAGAGUAGACAGUUAAAAGAAGUGUCUGCUGUGGAGGACAGCAUGACCACCAUGAAAGGAAGCUGCUUCCUCACACUGCUCUUGGCAGGACUUGGGGUGUUAGGAAUACUGGAGUCAACAACAGAAGAUACCCACUGCCACAGAGCUGAGCACCCAAUUAUUGCAUACAAAGAAAUUGCCCCUUGGCUAUACGUGUUCAAAGCAGAAGAUGCUGUGGACUUCUCACAGUUAACAUUUGACCCAGGACAAAAAGAGCUUAUUGCUGGAGCAAGAAACUACCUCUUCAGAUUGAAGCUUGAGGAUCUCUCUCUAAUACAGGCAGUGGAGUGGCAAUGUGAUGAAGCUACUAAAAGAGCCUGUUACAGUAAAGGUAAAUCAAAGGAGGAAUGCCAGAACUAUAUUCGAGUGCUUCUUGUUGGGGGCAACCAUCUCUUUACCUGUGGAACCAACGCAUUCACUCCAAUCUGCACCAAUCGCACAUUAAGCAACUUGACAGAGAUACAUGACCAAAUCAGUGGCAUGGCUCGUUGUCCCUACAGUCCCCAGCACAAUUCCACUGCUCUUCUCACUUCCAGUGGAGAAUUAUAUGCUGCUACAGCCAUGGAUUUUCCAGGAAGGGAUCCUGCUAUUUAUCGAAGUCUGGGGGCUCUUCCUCCUCUCCGAACUGCCCAGUACAACUCCAAGUGGCUGAAUGAACCAAAUUUUGUGUCAUCUUAUGAUAUUGGGAACUUUACCUACUUCUUCUUCCGGGAAAAUGCAGUGGAACAUGACUGUGGGAAAACAGUUUUCUCUCGUGCUGCUCGAGUGUGUAAAAAUGAUAUUGGUGGCAAGUUUGUGCUGGCAGAUACCUGGACUACCUUCAUGAAAGCUCGUCUGAACUGCUCUCGCCCUGGAGAAAUUCCAUUUUACUAUAAUGAACUUCAGAGUACUUUCUUCCUGCCAGAACUGGACUUGAUCUAUGGGAUUUUUACCACUAAUGUGAACAGCAUAGCAGCCUCAGCAGUUUGUGUUUUCAAUCUGAGUGCCAUAACUCAGGCCUUUAAUGGACCCUUCAAAUAUCAGGAGAACUCUCGCUCUGCUUGGCUUCCAUAUCCAAAUCCUAACCCUAAUUUUCAGUGUGGCACCAUGGACCAGGGUUUGUAUGUAAAUCUGACUGAGAGAAAUCUUCAAGAUGCACAAAAAUUCUUUUUAAUGCAUGAGGUUGUUCAACCAGUUAUUCCAAUUCCUUACUUCAUGGAAGACAACAGCCGAUUUUCCCAUGUGGUUGUGGAUGUUGUGCAGGGCAAGGACACGCUUUUCCAUAUCAUCUAUCUUGCCACAGACUAUGGCACUAUAAAGAAAGUACUUGCCCCAAUGAACCAGACUUCAAGCAGCUGCCUGCUUGAGGAAAUUGAGCUCCUGCCGAAAAGUCAGCGAGAGCCCAUCAGGAGCCUUCAGAUCCUGCACAGCCAGAGUGUCCUUUUUGUGGGCCUUCAGGAACAUGUGAUUAAGGUCCCCCUGAAGAGAUGUCUCUUUUACAAAACAUACAGUGCAUGCAUUGGAUCCCAAGACCCUUAUUGUGGCUGGGACAUGGUGAUGAAGAAAUGCACAACGCUGGAAGAAAGUCUGAGCAUGAGUGAGUGGGAGCAAAGCAUUACCGUGUGUCCAAUGAGGAAUCUGACAGUGGAUGGACAUUUUGGGACAUGGUCACAGUGGAAACCUUGUACCCACACUGACGGGGCCAGUGUUGGCUCCUGCCUCUGCAGGACGCGCAUGUGUGACAGUCCUGCUCCUCAGUGUGGAGGAUGGCUGUGUGAAGGACCAACCAUGGAGAUUGCCAACUGUUCCAGAAAUGGAGGCUGGACACCAUGGACUUCUUGGUCACCUUGUAGCACCACUUGUGGAAUAGGCUUUCAAGUUCGUCAGCGUUCCUGCAGCAAUCCUACCCCUCGACAUGGAGGACGCGUCUGUGUGGGACAGAAUCGUGAGGAGAGGUACUGCAAUGAGCAUUUGUUGUGCCCCCCUCAUGUGUUUUGGACAGGCUGGGGGCCAUGGGAGCGCUGCACAGCUCAGUGUGGAGGAGGGAUCCAGGCACGGCGCAGGACAUGUGAAAAUGGUCCUGACUGUCCUGGCUGCAGUGUGGAAUAUCAGCCUUGUAACACCAACGCCUGCCCAGAGUUAAAAAAGACAACUCCUUGGACCCCCUGGACCCCAGUGAACAUCUCAGACAACGGUGGCCACUACGAGCAGCGUUUCCGAUACACCUGCAAGGCGCGCCUGCCUGACCCAAACCUGCUGGAGGUGGGACGGCAGCGCAUUGAGAUGCGCUACUGCUCCAGCGACGGCACCAGCGGAUGCUCCACAGAUGGAUUGUCAGGGGACUUCCUACGUUCUGGAAGAUACUCUGCUCAUACCAUCAAUGGUGCCUGGUCACCCUGGUCUCCAUGGUCUCAGUGCAGUCGUGACUGCAGCAGAGGUAUCCGGAAUCGCAAACGUGUCUGCAGCAAUCCUGAGCCCAAGUAUGGGGGACUUCCUUGCCUUGGCCCAUCUCUAGAGUACCAGGAAUGCAACAUUUUGCCUUGUCCAGUGGAUGGAGGCUGGUCUUGUUGGUCAUCUUGGUCAAAGUGCUCAGCAACGUGUGGAGGAGGGCACUACAUGAGAACGCGCUCCUGCACAAACCCAGCCCCAGCGUAUGGAGGGGACAUCUGCCUUGGCCUGCACACGGAGGAGGCACUCUGCAACACACAGCCCUGUCCAGACAGCUGGUCCGAGUGGUCCGAGUGGUCUGACUGCGACUCGUCUGGCUUCCAGACCCGCGCUCGACAGUGCAUCCUUUUGUUUCCUGUGGGCAGCCAGUGCACGGGCAACACCACAGAGAGCCGAGCCUGUGCUGUGGACUCCAACUUUAUUCCAGAAAUAUCUGUGGCACGAUCCAGCAGCAUAGAAGAGAAACGAUGUGGCGAGUUCAACAUGUUCCACAUGAUCGCAGUGGGAUUGAGUAGCUCAAUCCUCGGCUGCCUUCUCACCCUGCUUGUUUACACGUACUGCCAGCGAUACCAGCAGCAGUCCCACGACGCGACUGUCAUCCACCCAGUGUCACCCGCUCCGCUCAACACCAGCAUCACCAACCACAUCAACAAACUGGACAAAUACGACUCUGUAGAGGCCAUAAAGGCAUUUAACAAAAACAACCUGAUUCUAGAGGAGAGAAACAAAUACUUCAAUCCACAUCUUACUGCAAAGACUUAUUCUAAUACCUAUUUUACAGAUUUCAACAAUUAUGAUGAGUACUAAUGGGCUUGUGUAUUUUCUGGCCUCCUGUAACUCCCCAGUCCCAAGGCCUGUGCUACUCAAGUGCUCAUGUGAUUGAGGCUUCAGAGAUGAAGUUCAGAGACAUUUCAAGCACGAUCCAAGCCAUCAAUGUCCCAUUGCUGCCAACAGCCCCAACCGCCUGUUUGUGACAUGAUGUUUCUUUGCAGAAUGCAAGGUUGGCCUUCAGUGUCGGGGGCAGCUGUAGCCCCUCAAUGUUGCUGGACCACUCAUGAGGAUUGCAUUGCUUCUCUCAAUUUCAUAAAUUUCCACUCAUAUUUCUCUAACAAGCUACUAAGUAAUUCUGGAGUUUUAAAAAGAAAUAAUAAUGUCACCCCUUAAAUCUGUGCCAGGAGUACAAAUCUAAUUUUCUGUUUAGGCGUUGUCUUUUAUUUCCUUGGGGUUUAAAAAGGGAGCUUUGCUCUUAGCUCUCUGUGCAGUCUCCUGAAGCUCACACUGCCAAAAAAGAACUCACAAGGUGCUGAGGAUGACAAGAAAAAAUGUGAUGGUUUAGUGAUCCUCUGCAGCAGGUCUGGGCUCUGUAGGCUGAUCUUCCUGGGCUGUAAAUCACUCUGACUGAAGUUCAGCUGCUCAGAGUGCAGAGAAGUUCUAAGGCUGUAUCGAGGGAUACAAUCUUGUAAUUAACCCGGACACCUCCCGGGUCAGUGGUUUCCAGUUGCAAGCCGAGCCCAGUCACAUAAAGCCUUCACUUUGCUCAGUUUAAUUUUUGCAAGGGUGUGGAAGGGCAUGUCCCACAGGGAGGCCAAGGGAGGAGGGCAGAUGGGAGAGGCACACUGGGAGGUUUUUCUCUGUGUUUUUAAUAAACCAGCCUUGCUGCAGCACAAGGGUUUGUUGUGGCAUUCCACAGGCUUCCUCUCCUUGGUGCAUGCCCAUGGGACACACUUGUCUCUGGUGGCUGUGGCACUCGCCACCAGGCUGGCCACAGAGCAGUACAACUGUGCCGUGUAUUGUGUGCCAUCUCUGGCUCUUGGGGGUAUGUAGGCAUAAUCAUAGGUCUGCUUUUUUCUUUCCAGCUUUUACUUUAUAUGCACGUGUCCAACAAACAAAGUUGGCUCAGAGAAUGUAGAUACAUUUGGAAAGGGCUGUCUCAUCUUGCUGCCAUAUCUGACCUGCAUCAGUCAGCCCCUAGAGGAACGUUCUUAUGGUGUUUCAAGUGAUGAUCUUGUUGGACUUCAUUGAUGUACAUAUUUAAGUUUUAAAUUAUCAGUUUUUAUUCCUUUUUUAGUGGUAGAUGAGGAAACACAAAGUUUUAUACCAUUUUUCUUUGACCUGUCUAUUUUCACACACAUUCAUGACAUUUUUAUUUUUGUAUCUGAAAUUCCAUAUGUAUAACUUAAAAGAAAAUUGCAGGGAUUUGAGUCAGAUUUUACCGAGUAUAUAGUAGCAAGGAAGCAUUUUCUAUUCUCAGAAGCUUGUGAGAAGAAAUUAAGUGAAUAAUAAGGAUUAAAGAACUGGGCUUUCGUUUUCUUGCUAAAAGCUGCUAAAAGCAAAGACCAUCGCACUAGAAUACUAUGGAGGUAUGCAAGGAGCAGCAGAGUGGAAAUGUUUCCAUUCUGUUUAGAGCCCUUGCUAAUUAGGUUAUGGUAUGAUAGAAAAAUAGAGAAAAACAUGUACAUAUUAUAAUGAUUCACAACUGUGUAUGAAAAAAAUCAAAAAGUACCAAUAAACAUUUCCAUAGCAAUGGUAAAUGCUGUAUCUACUUAUGGCAGUGUGCUACAUUUUUGAAUGGGGAUAGAUCUGAAUGUAGCACUAGGCUUCCAAUCUGUUCUACAGAAAAAUGAAAAAAUUCAAAGUGGUCUUUAAAAUGCUAUGCAGUAAAAUGAACACACAUUUACCAUCUAUGAAAGUAAUUAAGAUCAGCCACCUAUUUUUUUCCAGCAGAAUAGUUCUCCCUGUUACUAACUCAGCCAAAUGAAAGCACCUCACCUUCACACCAGCUCAUCUCCAGAAAGUAUAAUAAUGCUGGGUCUCUAUAAUUUGUGGUUUUUCACUGUACAUUAGAUUUGGUUUUCCAGGAAUAAAUUAGCUGAUGGCCCUGGGUAAGAGAAAAUUUCCUUUGCAAGAAAUAGAGGGAAGAAAAUCUCUCCAAGUCAUGACCAGUAUGGUAUUUGGAUUAGUUUGUUCAUGCCAAAAGAUAAAUUUUAUAUUUAAAUAAGAUAAAAUAAAGCCUAUAUUGUUGCUACUGCCAAGAAAAAGCAGCACAUGUACAUACACGCAUAUGAGCGACAUUGUUCCUUUCUGCUCCUGUACUAAGAGCACAUUAAGAGCAACUUCUGGAUUUUAUAUUUAGACUAUUAGUUUUGAGACCAAUACCUUUAAAAGAUUUAAACUAUGUAUUUUUAUUUUACCUUUUUUAAUUAAAAUUACUGAAAUUAUCUUCUUUUUCCUAACUCUUCAGUAGUUUGAGGCGCGCCUAUCUUUAUAGUGAUCUAUUUUUCAUUCUUUUUGUGGAUAAAUACAUAUGUUAGAUAUGUGUUAUAUAGGUGUUAAUAAUACCCUUGAUUAAGUCUGCAUGAUCAUAGGUAGAAGUCCAUUUAGCAGAUGCUCAGUCUGCUCACACUUCCCUCUCCUAAAGGGGUAUUUCAGGUGUUCCAGAUCUUUGGGCAGCUCCCAUGCCAACAUGUCAGGAAAGCAUUUCUUUUAAUUAUUUUUCUUUGUGAUUUAGCUUCCUAAAUUUAGUUGUUCUAUAUCACAGGUAGAAAUAUAUUCAAAGCUCUAUAAGCAGCAGGGUAAACGUGGAAAUUUCACAGCACUUAAAUGAGAAAAACUAGAUGGCAAGACCUCCUUGUCAAGCUAGGAUGUGAGACAACAGGUUUUAAAGCCUUUAGAUAUUUGUGUCCUAGGUAAUUUUAAAGGACCCCAGAUGCACUGCCUGUAUCAGUAUUUUCAUCUUCUGAAUUCUGUGUAGCUGCCCAGGUAGUUUAGUAUAGCUUUUUCUACUACAUGGAGCAAAGUAAAGUACAGUCUCCAUUAAUUUUCAACUUACUUUAUUUAGCAUUUUUUCUAAAAUAGGCUACGAAGCUGAAAAAGCAGACUUCAUAGAAUUGUUCAGGUUGGAAGAUGUCCAUUUCUUCUUGAAAGCUCUUAUUUUUCUGUCAAAAAUACAACAAGUGGGCAUUUCCUGCAAACCUCGUUUAAACCAGUAGGGCUCUCAGAUUUUCUCAAGGAUAAAAUUUGGUUAUGAGAGCAUUAUUCUUUUCUUUGAAAGGGAAAAUCUUGUCCCUUGCUCAUCAAAUGCCAUGCUUUUAGGAUGCAAAUAUCCUCCAUCCUUUCGCUUGGAUAAAGUGAUCUAUUUUGGAUAAAUAAUUAUAUUACCUCUGAUGCCAUUAGUUAAUAUUACUAACCAUGCUUACACCGAUUGCAUAAAUUUUAAAAUGCUUCUCUAUUUUGAAUGAAAACAGUUUGGCAGAUAAAUGAAAAUUCUCUAAGUAAAGCUGUUUCCAUGUAGUCCUGCUGCAUGGAGGGAGGAGGCAAGACUGCCAAUCCCAUCCUGCACGGUAUAGACACUCACUCAUUGUCCAACUCAAAGUACUGCUAUGCCUGAGUACACAUUUUGUGCUUAUUUUUUAUGUCAGAACUAUAGCAUAUGUUCCUCAGUUGCUUAGAAAAUGGACUCCUGUGCUUGCAGAUAUAUCUUGGAUGUUGAUUUGAGUUUGAUGAUCUUUAUGGCCUUUUAAGUUACUCUAUGUAGAAGCUUUUCCAGCUGUCUGCAGUCACCUGAUGUUGAAGCAGUGUGGUUUGGCUAAAACUAAUCGAGAGAUUUUUUACUAGGAUUAGGAAUUUCAUAAGAGAGUGGAAGAAAGAAUGGGGCUUAAAUGGCUUUGAUUUCCAAGCUAUUAAGCAGUACUGAUUAAAGUCUUACAUUGGUGUAGGGUACUGUGCAUUUAGUUAGGCCUACCAGAGAUCCACGCCAGACUCUGGGAAAAUACCAUGCCAGCGUACCAAGAGGAGCUACUGAAGCACUUAUGUUAGUGAUGAAAUUUCUCAGAGCAUCAGACCAUAUGGCUGUUUAAACCAGAAGAGAAUGUAAGAGGUCCCAGAUGUAAGUAAAAUGUUAAUAGGAUUAAAUGCUUCAGUAUUUUUUUCGUCAUAAUUAUAGAAUGAAUAUAUUCACUUCUUUAAACGUGGGACCAGUUUUAAAAUCGGCGCAACAUGAGCACAUUCCUAAUGUUGACUGUAUGCAUAAUGGCUUCGCUGUAUGAGAUCAAUUCUGUAAACAGUUUGGUCCAAGCUUAUCUUGCUCUGCUUGAGGCGUCUGGCCAAUUUUGAUUGUAGCUGCCACCAGCAUUGUCUAUGUCUCGUCUAGGAAAACAUACUUAGAUGGGCAGAGUUACAUCCUGAUGAGGGCUUGUGUCUCUCCACCAACACUGCAGUGAGCCUAGAGAGAGAUAUAUUUCAAAUUUUAAGUGUCAUUUCCAUGCCUAAGUUGGCAUAAGCUAGGCUCUUGAGUAUAAUUUUACUC